CGACAGCCCCACCCCCUCCUUGAAUGGGGAAAAAAAAAAAAAAACAACCCGUCUGUUAUUUUGCUCUUUGACCUAAAACUCCGACAAGAGACGGGACAACAGCGUCCCAUAAUCGGCUGGACAAUGUCUCGUGCUGCGGAGAGGCUCCGAGUGGUGGUCGGUCAUCUCGAUCGCUCCCCCGCGGUGGUCGCAACACCGACGUCUGCUCAAACCUACACUCUUGACGCUCCCAAACUAAAAUACACGCUAGAUAAUGACCUGCUGACACCCGAAGAGAGGCUCCUAUAUGAGCAAAACGGAUUCUUGGUCGUCAGGAAUUUGGUGGCCGAUGACGACGUCGCCUCGUUCAGAAAGGAGUUUGAACGCAUUUGUCAACAGAAAGUCGCCGUUCCCGGCUUGUUAGUGAUGAGAGACGUCGCCAUCUCUAAGUCAGAGUUUGUUCCGGAUCAGAAAGCCGUCACCAAACUGCAAGACUUCCAGGAGGAUCCUGAACUCUUCCGGUACUGCGCCUUACCGCAGAUCCUCAAGUAUGUGGAGUGUUUCACUGGACCCGACAUUAUGGCAAUGCACACCAUGCUCAUCAACAAGCCCCCCGACGCAGGUAAGAAAACGUCCCGGCACCCCAUGCAUCAGGAUCUGCAUUAUUUCCCGUUCCGGCCGGCCGACCGCAUCGUCUGCGCCUGGACGGCGCUGGAGCGGGUGAACAGGCAGAACGGCUGCCUGGUGGUCCUGCCGGGAACGCACACGGGGGCGCUCAAGGAGCACGACUAUCCCGAUUGGGAGGGUGGGGUGAACAAGAUGUACCACGGCGUGCGCGACUACAACCCACAACACCCGAGGGUGCACCUGGAGAUGGAGAAGGGGGACACCGUCUUCUUCCACCCGUUGCUGAUCCACGGUUCUGGAAUGAAUCAGACCCAAGGAUUCCGGAAGGCUAUCUCCUGCCACUACGCCAGUUCCGACUGCUACUACAUCGACGUGAAGGGAACCACGCAGGAAAACAUCGAGAACGAGGUGAAGGAGAUCGCAUCCAAGAAGUACCCCGGCGCUACCGAUGUCACCUUCCAGGACACGUGGGCUUUCCGAAGCCGCCUGGUGCAGGGAGAGAGACGCGGACUUUAAGACGACUUGCUGCUAUUAUUGUACAAGAACAGAUCGUGUUCGCUUUAAUCACAGAGCUAAAGGUUGAUGAUUAAUAUUUUGAACUUACUUGAUUCAUCUUGCCAUGAUAGUUUGAAGCAUUGACACACAGCAGCGCACUUCAACUGUGUGGGUUUGUUUUGUCGCCUUUCCCGCAUUUCCGUCGUGCGCGUGGUCUUAACAGACUGACAGCUUUGAAAACGAUGGCCUGCGGCAUGUUGAUUCUAGGAAAAAAAAAAAAAAAAAAGAGCACAUGGGCCAGUGGAAAAAAUAUUCUUCAACUCGAGACUCGCUUUAAGGGACACCGUUCAAGUGACGAAUGUAUACGAGAUGUUUUCACGAUGAUUCAUUUGAAUGUUUUCAUGAUAAACGAAAGAAAUGCUGCUGGAAUCAUUUGUAUUAAACGUUGACAUGGAGCGAAAAA